AAACUAAAUAUGCUAUAUAUUACUUUAACGUGAUGUUGUUUUUCAAGUCACGUUAGAACAAAGUGGACAGCUGGAUGCUUAACCCUUUAAGGUGUGAGGUCACAGUACGUUCUUAACUGAACGUUCUAAUGCUGAUGUCGCAAUCGCUACUGGUAACGGAAAGCAGUGGAGUUCUAGAACCCUGGCAUAGAAUUUUGAAACACAUUUAAAAAAAACAUAUUCUAUAAAGGGUUUAUUGCUGUACGUUGAAGAAUGUUCCGUCCUCUCCCACAGUACCUGUGACACCUUCGCCCCAAGGUUCUUACGCUCGGGAAUCCAAACGCUGGACCCGCUGCUGGGACCCUCCUGCUAUCAUGAGUGAGAUGAAGGUGUUCAACACCCCGUGCCUGGACCUGGAGUGCUUCCUGUCGGCCAAGGCCAAGCUGCGGCAGGAGGGCCUGCUGGACGCGGUGCUGAAGGCCAACCUGGAGCACGCCAUCCAGGCGCUGGAGAGCAUGCCGGCUGCCAAGCGCAGCAACGCCGCCCUGCUGGUGGAGGGCGAGAAGCAGCUGGUCAAGUUCACCUCGGGGGGGCCCGUCAUCCACUACACCGUCAAGCAGGGGAGCGGCGGCCCCCAGCUCCUGCAGAAGAUCCACGUGGGGGCCCGGCUCACCCCGUCCAGCGUGGCCCCCGCCCACUUCGCCGGGCACCGCUGCCAGGACGAGUUCGAGCCCUGCCUGGAGCAGGCCCAGAGGGCCGUGGCGGAAGAGGGCGUGGCCAACGUGGAGCUGCGGGUGGUGUGCAACGAGCUGCAGCUCACCUACGUCACGCACCAGCCCACCGCCACCAUCGUGAUCCGCCCCCGUUGCCGGGUCAACCUGGGCCGCGCCCUCUCCCUGGAGAAGGCCCUGGAGGUGAAGAACUGGAUGGAGGAGCGGGGCACGAUGGGAAAGGGGCUGCUGGCUUGCUUCCAGCACCUGCUGGUCAGCCACAGCCAGUACCAGGUGGAGAACGCCAAGCUGGUGCUGCAGAGCGACGGGCAGAUCAUCGAGCUCAUCAGCGGGCGCCCCGACUACCACAACGUCCAGUUCUACAUCUUCGCCGACGCCAACAACGAGAUACAGAGCCAAAGAGUCCAAGACAUCGACCUGUGGGACUACGAUUAGAGGCCUCACUGCAAAGAAUAAAGAGUCUGCCUUAACAAGUGCUUUAGUCUCGUAACGGGACUUGAAAGCUUUUUUUUCCCUCUCAAGUAAAGAAUAUUAGCUUGCGCUUAAGUUACCGUUCGCUUGACAGUGAAAUUGUCAAGUGAAACGUGAAAUUUUCUUUCCCCCCAUUGGCAAAUCUUGAAAUGGGUCUCACCUCAUUGGCAAUAUCUUGGCCUUGUUUAUCAAAACAAAAAGUACUAAAAAUAAGAUCUUAAGACUAAAUAUAAGAAUUAUAUAUUCUGUUGAGAUUGACUCUUUUUUGGUGGGGUUUUAUUUUGCCGUGUUCCAGCGUUUUUCCACACUUUGCUUGAAGAAACUCUCUCAGUAUGAUCUGGCCCACAGGAGGUCGGCAGUUUGCCUGCUGCCAUGGAACACACUUUAAAUGAUAAGUAGCCGAAUCCACGCUGAAGUAUAAACACGCAAGACUUUCUGAAAUACUUUUGCCUUUUGGUAGCACAAACGGUAGCAGCAUAACAUAGAAAUUAACGUGUUAAAAUAUAUUCAGGGAAUUGUGCGUACGUUCCUAUUUUUAACUGGUUAAACAUUAUCUCGAGGGUGACCUGAUUACCAGUUCUGCACUAUUGUUAAAGUUGUCUUGCUCGUAUCUCGUACCUGAAAUGUACUGUCUCGACUGACUGAAUCGCAUCUUUUCUCUUUCGUAUCAAUUUUUUUUUUAACGCACUUUUGUUGUAUAGCCUGAUGGCACGCCUCAGAGACUGUUGAUCAUUGUUAAUAAACUAAACGCAGUUUAAUAAAAGAUAAUUGAAGCAUGAAA